AUGAGUGAAAUUUCAGAAAUGAGUGAUAAGAAAACAUUAUCAACUUCUACAUUAGAAAAUUCUGAUUCCAACACUUGUUUUCAGUUGGCUGUUGAUAUUUCUGAAAUAGUUUCUGAAUUAACCGAAAAAACAUAUGAAAAUACACUUGAAGAAAACACAAAAGGAAGCAAAUCAAGUGAGGUUAAACCUAGUUUAACAGGUGAAGAUAAUUCUAAUAAUAUUCACUCUACUUCUAAAGUAAUUAAUUCAGCUGACACUGAUGCUCCUGUACGCCGAAGCAGUCGUAUCCGUCGAUCAGUUGUUAAAGAUGAUGCUUUUGUUUCUUCUUCUCAGACUGGAAAGAAAACUAAAGCUUCAAAGAAUACAGAUGCUACGGCAAAAAAUGAUAAAAGUUCUUCAGAGAACAUCAAAUCAUUACCAUCUACAGAAAUUACUAAAACUAUUUCUCCCACUACAAACUCACCCAAAUCUGAAAUCUCAAUUGAAAAUAAAAAAGAAGAUUCUGCCCCCAUCUCAUGUGAAGUGGACAAGAAUGACACAGGAGACCAGAAUGUGUGCAAAAGAACUAGAGCAAGUGAGAGAAAUGUUAAAUCUCAGAAAAAAUCUAAGAAAGAACCUGCAGCUGAUAAGAAAAGUCUUAAAAGUGAUAAAAAGGAUAAAUCAGAAAUUAAAACAGUAAAAUCUGAGAAUAAAAAGAUAAAAUCAGAAAAAAAGGAUUCCAAAAUAGCAAAGAAGGAAUCUACACCAGAUCAAAAGAAACCAGCACCAAGAAAAAGAAAGCAAGAAAAGAUGGAUGAAACUGAAGUUGCACUUAUUGUGGAUGUUGUAACAAAUGAAAGCCAAGUUGAAGCUGCUGAUAACACUGCAGAAAAGCCAAUAGACCAAGCUUUGACACCAACUACUGCUUGUUGUGCUGCUUCUGAAAAAAUUAUGAGCUCACUGUAUACAGAAUCCAAAAAAGUUUCUGAAAUCAGCAGCAAUGUUUCGGCAAAUGAGCCUCCACUGGACGUCAAUAGUAAAACUCUUGAAACUAAUCCCAAACCUGUAAAAAUGAAAUCCAGAUGGUGGAGAUCAAGUGAACUAGAAGGAGUUUUGAGUACAGAUUCAUUAAAUAGUAAUUCAGCAAUUACGGUUGUUUCUUCUGAAACAUCCAACGAUUUAAUUGAUGUGGAAACUAUAGAUGAUAAAACUGAUUCUGAAGCAAAUAUCAAAUGUAUUGAUAUCGAUUUAAAUGUUGAUAUUCAAAAACCAGAGGACAGCAUUGAAGUAAAAAAUGAACCUAGUAGUGAUAUCAAAAGUGAGAAAGACAGUAUUUCGAAUGCAGCAACACAACCAAUCUCGAAAGUCGAUGAUGUGGAGCCCGAUGAACCGAAAGAAAAUAUAAAGCCUGUUUACGAUCACAUCGAAGAAAAUAUUUAUAGGUUUGCUAGAAAAAAAUCCAAAAGCAAAAAGGAAGUAAGAAGAAUGGUUUGUGAUUGCACACUUACAAAAGAAGAAGUAGAAUGUGGAGUUCUAGGCUGUACAGAAGAAUGCUUGAAUAGGUUACUAAUGAUAGAAUGUGGAAGUAGAUGUCUUCUUGGAGAAGCAUGUUCAAAUAAAAAGUUCCAGAAAAAGCAGUAUAUCAAUAUGGAAAUAGUUCACACAGAUAAAAAAGGAUUUGGAAUAAAUACUUUACAAGAUAUAUCUAGUGGGGAUUUUCUUGUAGAAUUUGUAGGAGAAGUUGUGAAUCACAAAGAAUAUCGACAGAGGGUGAAGCAGUAUGCUAAAGAAAAAAAUGUACACUGUUAUUUUAUGGCAUUAAAAACAGAUGAAAUAUUGGAUGCCACAAACAAAGGAAAUUAUACUCGUUUUAUCAAUCAUAGCUGUGACCCUAAUUGUGAAACUCAAAAGUGGACUGUUAAUGGUGAAUUAAGGGUUGGAGUUUUUGCAAAAAGACACAUUUAUGCAGGAGAAGAACUUACUUUGGAUUAUAAAUUUCAGAGAUAUGGACGAGAAGCUCAAAAGUGUUACUGUGGCACAGCUCUUUGUUCUGGAUUUAUUGGUGGAACAAAGCAAAUUUCCAUUGAUGCAUACAGUGCUACAAAGUCAAGUGCAACUAGUCGAAAGAAGAAAGAUGAAAAGAAACGUGAUUGGGAAGAUAAAACGCUCUCUGAUGAGAUUGAAAAGUUAAAUGGCAACAAAGGACUACGAAAUAGAGAAGAAACCUUAAAGUUGGCUCGUUUAAUGGUUCGAGCAGAUGACACUGAGUCUCGCCACCAGUUACUAGAUAUCAUAGUGAAAACUGAAGAGCAAGCUUGCUUGAGACUCUUUUUGGAUUAUCACGGACUUCCUCUGUUAUGGAGUUGGAUGGCUGACGUUGUUGAUUUAGAUUUAAAGUCAAAGAUUUUGCAAGUAUUGUCUUUACUUCCAAUAUCAAACAAGACCAUGCUUUUGGACAGCAAAGUAUUGAGUGUUGUUGAGAAAUGGUUGCAGGAAUGCUCGGGCAAGUCUGAUGUACCCUCUUUGAAUGUGAUUUCAGAAGAGCCUUCUGAACCUUUAGUGAAAAAAAUUAAAAUGGUGGAUUUCUCUGAUAGUGAAACAGAUAGCUCUGGAUCACAAAGUGCAAUAGACAAUCCAACUGAAAUUGUGAUUGAUAAUGAAGUCGGCAGUGAGACAUCUAUAUCAGAAACUCUUGAUGUAGUAAAUUCUGAAACUUCAAUUGAAACUGUGGAUACUGCACAGGAUCCUAGUAAUAUGAAAUCAGAGGUGGAAUCAAAAUUAGAUUUAAAAGAUGAUAUUCAAAAUUCUUUGAAGCCCAGUGAUCAAGAAUCUGUACUUAAAAGUAGCAUUUCUAAUUUAGCCCAGGAGCUCUUGACUAACUGGAAAAAUUUAAAGGCAAUGUUUCGUAUUCCUCGAUUAGAACAGCAAAAGCGCAAGGAGGAUGAACUAGAAGCUGAUCAGAAUGCUUGUGAGCAAAAAGAACCUGAAAACAAAAGUGUUGAAGUGGAACAGACUGGAGCUCAUAUUCAAGUUCUCAUCACUAAGAAACCACGCAAUUUUAAUGACAACCACAGAAAGUCUACUCCAGAAGAGGAAUCCCCUUCACCUGUGCCAACUUUACCUAAUAGUAAUCUGCCUACACCAUUCCUUCAGAUGUAUCCACCUUUGAUGGCGAAACCCCCUCCAUUACUGCCUUCACCAGCACCAUCUGGAGGAUUUGCUGACCAGCCCCCAGGUUACCCUUCAUCCAUGAAUCCAAAUAUCACUCCACUGCCUAGCAUGGACUCAUCCUCACAAAUGAUGUAUCCUCCUCAAAUUAUCAGUAACCCAGCUCAGCCUCCCUUCAUUGGAACUGCUCCACCUGGUAUUCCACCACCAUCAACCAUACUAUCACAACCACCUCCUAUACUACAACAUCCUCCUCCGACAAAUCCCAUGCUUGCAGCCUCAGCAACUGCGCAACAGGUACCAGUAGCUGUCGUAAAAGAGGAACCUAAACCAAUAAAACUUCCUAAAAGCUGGAGGUCGGCCAAAGAUUCAGAAGGAAAUGUUUACUAUUACCAUUCUGUUACAAGAGAAACACAAUGGGAUCCACCUUCUGCAGAGCAGGCAAAGGAAGAUGAGACAGAUGAUGAGGAUUCAGAUUCUGAGAAAUCUGACUCAUCAGAUACACCAACAUAUGAUGAACCCAAAGUUGCUUUAACAAAAAAACACUAUAAAAGAAAGUCAAAGAAAAGAAAAACAACAAAAGCUGCUGCUGAUACUAGUGUGGCCUUUCCUGUUCGACCUGAGGUUGCUAAAAAAAUUAAAGAGCUUUUUAGGACUAAAAUGUCAACCCUCAUUGUUCAUUGCUUGAACUACUAUCGCAAGGCUGAUUGUCCUGUUGGCAGAAUCACAAAUAACGAGGAUUUUAAGUAUUUAGCACGAAAGCUCACCCAUUAUACAAUGACAAAAGAACUAAAGCAGUGCAAGAGUGUAGAAGACUUAGAAUGCAAUGAAACUGUGCAACACAAAGCAAAGGAUUUUGUUAAGAAAUAUAUGUCUAAAUAUGGUCCGCAAUAUAGUAGGAAAGAAAAAUACUCUCCUACUUAG